GCCCAGCCCACACCUGGUGUGCCGCAAUGUGAGGCCUUAGUUGUUGGGCGAGGCCGUGGUCAGGGGCCUGUUGGUGGUGGGAAGCCCCCCAGGCUCACACCGGCAGUCUACAGGCACCCCUCACCUCGGUACUUGGAGGGCCACCCAGGAGGGGGUGCCGUGUUGUCAGUGCUGUUCCGUUCACAGUGAUGUCUGGGGCAGCCUCGGGGAAGUGGGGUCCCCUCUGUGUCCCCACUCCAGCCGCUGGGGUUGAGUUUGCUCCUGGUGUGUGUGUGGGGUGACUCCGUGUUAAACUCCCGUAGCUGGGCUGUGUGGGACCACUCUCAAGUCCUGUUCCCCUGCCUGCCUGUGUCAGGCACAUGGAGGCACGGUGCCAGGCUGUACCCCAAGCCCCAGAUGUCAACUUGGUUCUCUGGCUGUUCCCUGGCCAGUCUUUCCAUAUGGCUGGGCUGCCAGUGGGGUCAGCCUCCACGUGGGGCUGUGCUGUUAGACACGGAGCUGGCCCCUCGUGGUCUGCAGCAGUGCCUGGGCAUGCAGUGCGCCCCUGGCCUCCAUCUGACCACCGUGGUGUCUCCACGCAGGUACCCCCUGUACCAGCUGGGUGGACCCCAGCUCCGCGUGUUCCGAACCAACUUCUUCAUCCAGCUGGUCCGGCCCGGUACCCCCCAGCCUGAGGACACGGUGCAGUUCCGGAUCCCCAUGGAGAUGACCAGGACGGACCUCAAGAAUUACCUAGAGCGCAUUUACAGCGUGCCUGUGGCUGCCGUUCGGACGCGGGUGCAGCACGGCUCCAACAGGCAGAGGGACUACAGGAACGUGAGGAUCAAGAAGCCCGAUUAUAAGGUGGCCUACGUGCAGCUGGCCCACGGGCAGACCUUCACCUUCCCGGAUCUGUUUCCCGAGAAAGAGCAGGACCUGGUGGCAGAGGAAGGGCUCCAGGAGGCUCUGCCCCAGAAGCAGAGCAGUGACCCGCGGCGCGGCGGUGUCCCCUCCUGGUUCGGCUUGUGACCCCGCGGGGCUGGGCGCAGGGCCGCAAUAAAGUUCUGCUGUGUGACAAA